UCCCAGGUGCCGGGGAUGGCUGGGCAGCCAGCUGCAGCCAGCUGCUAUUUGGUUUUCCUUUUAAUGAACCAUUUAAACAUUUCCGACAUACCUUUGACCUACUUGAGCACAGUUACAGCAGUAAUUAGCACCAGCACCUCAUAAAUCCCGACAAUGUCCUCUCUGGUGCUAGCUUUAGCAAAGCCUCUGGUCAUGUGGCGAGUGCCAUAACAUUGCAAUGUGGCAUCUGAUCCCUGAAGAGAACAGAUGGGUCUCUUAAACCCCCUCCAGAUUUCUACAAAAUGCUCUACAAAGAGCAGUCCUGGAGCCACUGAGGAGCUCAGCACUCUAGAGGCAGACAGGCUCCCGUGCAGUUAGAGGUCCAGCUGCCGCUCGUCGGACGCCGCGUCCCUUCCCGCGGGAACCCCGGAUGGCUCUCGGGCGGCUGUGCGUGCUCGCCGGGGCGCUGGCGUGGGGCUGCGCGGCCGCCGCCUCCUUCCACCCCGCAGUUGCUCCUCCCCGAGACCUUCAGAUCACUGAUCCUGGACUCUUAGGUUCUCUCGAUAUAGAGUGGAAACCUCCACCCAACAUACAAACCUUCAAUGAAUGCACAGUAAAAUACAAGUUUGAAUACCGCAACACUGGUGACAGAGACUGGAAGGUUAUUUUUACUAGGAAGCUAAAAUCCAGGGUUGGAUUUGACCUCAGCAGGACUGCUGAAGUGAAGGUACAGACAUUGCUCGAAGGACGGUGUACCAAUGACGCGGAGGUGCAAAGUGACUGGAUUUAUGCUACCUUUCAGGUUCCGCUGCAAGGAAAACUGGAAUCAGAGGUUCAGAAUUUCCACUGCAUCUAUCAUGACUGGGAAUACCUCAAGUGCACUUGGCAACCAGGUCUCUUUGCUCCUCACGGCGUACAUUAUGGACUAUACUAUUGGUACGAGGGGCUGGGCCACGCAGCGCAGUGUGAUGACUAUAUUCAGGAUCACGGUAUAAACAUCGGCUGCGUGUUGCAAAACCUGAGCCAGGCAGAAUACAAGGAUCUGAGCGUUUGUGUCAACGGGUCGGCGGCAGCCACUCUGCUGCAGCCGUUGUACGUCACCCUUCGCCUUCACAACCUAGCAAAGCCCUCGCCCCCGAGGCAGCUGGCGGUUUCCAUGUCUGCAGCUGAGGAGCUCCUCGUGGCGUGGAGCCCACCGGGUGGCAAAACGCCGUCCCAGUGCCUGGAGUACGAGGUCCAGCUGGCAGAAGAUCUGGGGGAGGCCGAGGCUGCCUGGGCGUCUGUGUCAACCCAAAUGGAGACCGCUUUAACAAUUUCCAGAGCAAAUCAAAGCCGCAUUUCAUGUGUUCGUGUCAGAGGGAGAACAAAUAUUUUCUGUGCUGACCAGGGCUUUUGGAGUGAAUGGACAGAGGAGUGUUUCGCUGUGUCCAGAAAAGAAGUCAAGCAGCUGUUUAUCCUCAUUCCAGUCAUUCUGAGUUUGUCAAGUAGCCUCAUAAUAUUUAUGUUGAUUGGCCAGUGCAAGAAAAGAUCCCCAACAGGAAAGCCAUUGUAUGCAUCAGUGGGAUGCUGACUCUGCUUGCAACUGCUGUACUGCUUGUGUUUGAUGGACUGCUCUUAGAACAUCAUCCCAAGGACAGCUGGGAAGCCCUGAGCUUUCCAUAGCCCAUGUGGGUCUUCCCUACCUGCUGCCAUUUGCAAGGCUGGUUGUUGCAAUUCAAGUUCUCAACGGGCCCAGGAAAACAUUGGAGGAGUUUUAAACUGACUCUGGAGCAAGUUGUUUCUGAUAACAGGACAAGGGAGAAAAAGGAGACAGUGGAAACUGCCAUGAAUAAAGGUAAUGUGUUGCUCUG